AGUGUGCGUAAGCGAAAAGCGAUGGGCUCGUUUCCGGAGGUGGUGGAGCUGAACGUCGGCGGUACACCGUACGUUGCCAGCCUGAAGACGCUGCUGGCGGAGGAGGGCUCCUGGCUGCAGGAGACGUUCGGCGGCGUGAGCGCCCCGUCCGACCUGCCCGUCGACUCCCGAGGCCGCAUCUUCAUCGAUCGCGACGGGUCGCUGUUCCGGCACGUGCUGGACUACCUGCGAGAUCCGGUGCGCUACGCCCUCCCGGUGGGCUUCCUCGAGCGCGACCGGCUGCGCAAGGAGGCCGACUUCUUCCGGCUGGCCGGGCUGCAGGAGCUGCUGGUGAAGAUGGCGCCCGGCUGCAUCACCGUCGGCUACCGUGGCAGCUUCCAGUUCGGCCGCGACGGCCUGGCCGACGUCAAGUUCCGGAAGAUCACGCGCCUGCUCGUGCACGGGCGGGUCGCCCUGUGCCGGGAGGUGUUCGGCGACACGCUGAACGAGUCGCGCGACCCGGACCACGGCGGCUCCGACCGCUACACGGCCCGCUUCUUCCUCAAGCACGUGUUCAUCGAGCAGGCGUUCGACAUGCUGCAGGAGCAGGGCUUCCGGCUCGUCGGCAGCUGCGGCUCCGGCACGGCUGGCUCGGUCUCCGAGAACCUCAAGCCGGGCGUCGACACGGAGGAGAACCGCUGGAACCACUACAACGAGUUCGUGUUCGUGCGCGACUAAGCGAACGAUGCAGCACCAACACCUCCUCCGUGGAGCACCACCUUUCCACCCUUGCAACCUAUGAGACACUCUCCCGGACUCAGGACACGAACGGACACAACCAGGACGAUGCAGGCCAACCGAGCGCCCGGAGGCAAACGCAGAUGCAAGCCUUGGAUGGCCUUCCUUUCCUUCCGACCCCCGACCCCCGGCCCCAACGUUGGCAAGCGAACGCGAGCGAGCGAAGGCGUGCGAUCGAGGUGAAUUUGACGAUUCGAACUUUUGCAGCCCCUUAAAGUUGGUCCCACUUGAAUUGAUCUCG